AUGGCAGAUUUGAAUGAAAUGAUCCUGCAUUUGCCACUAUGCCCACCCCAUGAAAAAGAUGCCAAGAUGACCCAGAUCAGAGAGAAAACAACAAAUCGUUAUUUCCCAGCCUUUGAAAAGUCAUUUCAACAAACAUCUUUUCAUUCUGUGAGUGUGAAGACAUUUCACUCUACUUUUUUUCUUUUUUCAAAAGAUGGGUCUUUGAUGUUCCAGCAAGUGCCCAUGGUGGAAAUCGAUGGGAUGAAGCUGGCACAGACCAGAGCCAUUCUCAACUACAUUGCCGCCAAAUACAACCUGUAUGGGAAAGACAUAAAGGAGAGAGCCCUGAUUGAUAUGUAUUCAGAAGGUAUGGCAGAUUUGAAUGAAAUGAUCCUGCAUUUGCCACUAUGCCCACCCCAUGAAAAAGAUGCCAAGAUGACCCAGAUCAGAGAGAAAACAACAAAUCGUUAUUUCCCAGCCUUUGAAAAGGUGUUGAAGAGCCAUGGACAACACUACCUGGUUGGCAACAGGCUCAGCAGGGCUGACAUUCACCUGGUUGAACUUAUCUACUAUGUUGAAGAGAUUGACCCCAGCCUAAUGGCCAUCUUCCCGCUGCUGAAGGCCCUGAAAACAAGGAUCAGCAACCUCCCUCCUGUGAAGAAGUUUCUGCAGCCUGGCAGUCAGAGGAAGCCUCCCGUAGAUGCAAAAGCAUUAGAAGAAGCCAGGAAGAUUGUAAAUAAAUAA